GUCGGCGCGCUUAUGACGUUCGUGCUUUUGUCGGGUCACGGGAGAGCCAGAGGUAUGACCUUGUGGUCUUUUUGAGCGAAGUGGUGUCGGCGACAGAACACGCUGUAAAGAGAGCAGGAGAAGAAUUGGCAGAGAGCCGGUGUGGAAACCCUCUUGGAAGAAGAUCUCAUUCUGUCCUCCUGGAAGAGGCAUAGGAACUCGGUGGGCUUACUUUCCAGGAAAACCGGCCGAGGUGAGACUGCCUCACCUGUCAAGGCAAAAGAAAUUGGUCCUGCAAAAAAUUGCACACCUGAGCCUCCUUUGUAUGAAGUGAUACUUGGUGGGUGACGCAUCUGUUUCCCUUCCAGGCGUGGCAAGAAAUCCCAACCCUCCUCUCCCAAUUCAGGAGUUCUGCAGCGGUUCGCAAGGCCGGCACGGCUGAACGAGUUGCAGGCCAAUUUCACAGCCCUUCUGUGUGUAAAGCUGAUGCUUGCCCUACUUGCACCUACCAAAUGCCUGGAGUAUCCCCACGGCUUUGCCCCUCACCCCGAGACCCUUGCAUGUCUUACCCAGCCGAGUUUCUCUCCUUACACCCAAGACUGGCCCGUCGCUAUGAUAUCUCGGCCACUGGAACAGAACACAGAAACGUCCAGGUUUAUUCUGACCAAUUGGACACUACACAGUGGUGGCCCUUGGAGGCCUCAAGCAGGCAUCUGGCCUUAGGCUGCCUUGGGCUGAGCCUCGACCUCUGUGAAGAGAGGUGUCGCCAUCCAGAUACUUCCCACCGAACCUCAGCUGGUAGUGCACCUCCUCAAAGCAGAGAAAUCAACCCCAGAACCGCCUCCCCUCCUAAGCCCUGAUCCGGUGCGAAGCCUUCUAACCACAGCUCUUCUUCUGCCACCCAUACGCACGGCCUCCUUCCUCUCCCCCACAAAGGAAGCUGCAUCAUGUGUCCUCCAAACUGCUGCUUCUGAUUUCGCAUUCUCAUGCUGCUCUGACACAGGGUUCCUGUUUCCUCUCGCAGCAGGCAACAUGGCUUCCUGGUGGACCUUCGUGGCCAGUGAUUCUCUCAAGCUUCCUCCUGUCGGUGAUUUCAAGAGUAUCCAAGAUGGCACCGGCACGAAGAACGUGGCGACUCCUGCCAACGUGGAUGAUUCAAAGUUGAAACAGCAGCUGAGGGAAGUAACGGAUCCUCUCCGUUGCCCCAUCAAGGAAGACGGGAUCCAGAGAAGAAGCAUGCCAAGGAGCCUCCUGCCCUUCCAACAGCUCCAGGCGUCUCCACGGAGCCUCUCAGGGAAGAGGCCACCUCCUUCCCCACGGAGAUCGUGACCAAAAUUGCAUCCAAAGGUUCUCCAAAAAAUGUGCUGGCAAAAAGCAAACCUCCGAAGUCUUCCCCCGAAAACGACCACAGUGUGGUCAUGGCUGGUUGAAGUCACCUCCAAACCCUCUCAGGAGCCUGUUUCCACCCCGACAUUGGAGAAAAAACUUGAGACUACUGGGCCUUCCUCCAAAGGACAGGAAGGCCUCUUCCGUUCUUCGUUGAAAAAGGUCACACCCACUUUGGCCUUCUCGGACGAUCUGUCUACUGUGUCCUCUCAGGAUCUGAUGGAUGAUUCGAGGUUUUCCACAGCUAUCCAGAAGCUCAUCCCCAACACACCUAGGCCAGGCACAAAGUCGAAAAUGAAACUUCCUCUCACAGCAGCUACAUCUGCAAUGCCACCACAUCUGGAUGAAAUCUCAUCCACAUCUCAGACUUUGGUGGAGGACACGGAGUUUUCCACGGCCACCCAGAAGCCCAGCUUGGACUCAGGUAGGUCAGGCCUAAAUCCAAGGGCAAAACCUUUCCUUGUCACAGGUACAUCCGAGCCCCAUAAAACACCGAAAUACGGCUGGCUGGAUGAAAUGGAGUCGACCUCCUUGGCUUUUUCAACAAGGUCCCCAAGACGAAGCUUGCGUCUUACCACAUCAGGUUCCUCAGCCACCACCCAAGGGACGUCUCCUCUCGCCGAUGACGCCAGCCUUCUGAUUGGAAAGUGUUUGCUGGCCAUCCUUCUGCUGGCUUUGGUGGCCGCCAUCUUCAUUGUGUGCUCCGGCGUCCUGGCCAUCGUGCUGUGGCGUCAGAAGAGAGCCUACCGACUGGGCCAGGCCAACCACACCGAGAUGGUGUGUAUCUCGUCCCUGCUAUCUGCCGAAAAGGAGGAGGAGGAGGAAGAGGAGAGGAGGAGGAGGCCCAAAGUGAAGCGGGUACAUCUUCUCGGGGAGACCGCAUCUGAGACGGACGCGGACAACUUAACUCUGAACAGCUUCCUCCCAGAGCAUUAAUAGUGCGCUUUCUUGGUGCUAAAGACAACUUUGGCUCAUCUCUUGGUCUUCUCCAAGAGUGUCACCUGAACUAUAUCUGUGGUACGUCCUUAUCUUUUCAUCUGGGUGGGCCCCUUGAACUGACUCAUCCAUUUGCUAUAGAAACCCAACGUUUCUGCUCUUCAAACUCUUGUUUCUUGGAGAACUAUUGUGGUUUGUUGAAAACAAGAUUUAGCAACCUGCAGAUCAGGUGUCUGGAAAGGGGCCCUUCUGAAAUGUGUAAAUUAUUAUUUUUUUAGUUAGAUUUUUACUUAGUUUCCUCCCGGGAACUCAAGGCUGAGAUCCUCCGUGCUUCCCCAGACUUUGCAGAUCUUACUCAGCGAGGCCUCUGCCAUUUCAUUUCCUUUUUUGAAACCAUCAUGUCUAGAAAGUAAUAACUGAACCUUGAAAUCUCAGAACAUGUCUACACAUUUCUGCUUUUUUUGCAUUUCACGACAGAACUAAGAUUUCUAGAGUGUCUUUGAGAUGGGGUUGUGUUUGAAAUUGGGUUGACUGGAGGGGGGGGCGGCGGUCUUAGGUAAUCCACCUUUAAAAAUGAUUAAAUGUUUUGAAAUGCAACAGUGGUCAGUAGCAUCCCUGGAACCAAUCAGCUGUUGCAGAAAACAUCGUAUUCUGGGCUCAUCCCGGGUCCUCUUGUGGGAGGUUCAGAAACGAUAAAGUCCCGUUUCCCUAUUCCGGGCUCCUUGUGGGCUGGCUUGAUUUUGCUCUCACCUCAAUUUAAAUGUUCUCUUCUCUCUUCCAGUUUUGCAACAAAACAUAAAGGGAAUGUUUCUCCCCUCCCCUCCCCUCCUCUUUUCUUCCCCAUUGCUGUUUCAUUCUUAUCUCCAUUAGUGAGGAAACCAAUCUUAUCCCACCUCAAGUAUUUGUCUAACCCAGGGGGCAGCAACCUGUGGCUCUGGAGCCGCAUGUGGCUCUUUCAUCCCUCUGCUGCGGCUCCCUGUCGCUG